AUGAUUGCAACUUUCGCAGCCAUUUCCGUUCUCUUGAUAAUAAACGGUUCUGAGGCAGGACUUUUCGACCUCUUUACGCCGGAGUCUCGAUUAUCUGGAUUUGUCAUAGAAAAAAUUUCUCCGAUUGGAAUGGUCAUGUGUGUAAGAGAAUGCUCGAAAAGGGUUUCCUGUGCGUCGCUUAAUUUCAGCCGAAAACGCUUAGAGUGUGAGUUGUCACAUAGUGACGUCUCAACAAACCCGUCUAACAUGGCGUCUGAUCCUGACUUUAUCUACAUUGGAAGAAAUCAAAUACCAGAUGAGUAUUUUGAUUCAAAAACUGCAGCUUGUCCAGCUAAAGGAAGCUCUGUCAACACAGCCACUGGACUAAAAUGUGUCAAAUCAGACUGUCCUGUUGAUCACCCUGACAUUAAUUUAACUGAGGUCAAGGUCACAUCUACCAAGAUCGGGACAAUCCUUACUUACACGUGCACAUCGAAUACCUCAAUAACCUUGACCUCAACAUGCAGAGGUGAUGGGACCUGGACAUCGGCUGCUUCUUUAUGCCCAAACAACCAUAGCACUGGCAUCACAAAUAAAACAACUGUGCACUUUAAGAUAAAUCUAGAUUACAAAGACGUUUUACCAAUCUCUGGAACAGUUUUACAAGAGGGGACAUUCAAUCUCAGUGCCUGUGGAAACGCUUGUGUUUCUGAUGAAUCUUGUCAAACUUUUUUCUACAAAUCACUGACAGAACAAUGUUUCCUGUAUAAUCUUUCCAUUUGGAGGUACACCAAAAUGAAAACAGAGAAUGGCACAGGAAUAUACAACAUGCAUUCUUCAUGCGAAGAGAUGCAAUUUGUAUAUAAUAGAGCAGGAAGUCACUGUUUCAAUGUCUUCGGGACAGGAAACACCACUUCUGUGUACGCUAUGGAGUCAUGUGGACAGACAGAUGGAGUGUUGAUUGCUUUAGAUACUAACCAAAAAAUAGACUUUGUGACCGAGUACAUUCGUAAUAACUUUGAUUUUACCACAACAGCAGCAAUGUCUUUCCAAAUAGGACUAAAUAAUACUCAACUACAGAAUUACACAAUCUGGAAAUGGUCGAGCGGUGCCAAUUUGACGAAUGAUCUCAGCAUACCAUUUGGUCUGAACAAUUUCGAUGGAAAUAUGAGAAAUUGUCCUGUUGGACAUUGUGGGGUAUUUAAAGUAAAAAAUGACACUGCUUUUGUGUUCGAUAACUGCUGCUCACAGGUUUCUUCACGGUAUAUUUGCUCAAGGUACGUCGAUACGCAAGAAAAAACUAAUGAUGUACAUAUAAUAAUUGAUUGA